AUGCGGGGUCGCUGCACCGUGGAUGUGGUGGUCGCCACCACUGGGCAGCGCGGGCAGAGCGGGGUGCGGGAGUUUCAUCUGCGAGCGGAGGACGAGCAGAAAGAUCGCGAAGAUUCGCAUGUGGAAACUUUUCAGAUCCGAAGAUCGUCUCUGAGCAUCCAAGACGCAGCGACGCUGCAAUGGGGAGCUGAACUGGAGAGCUGCUGGGAGGAGUGUCAGAGGCGGCUACCAGAAGAGUUACCUGUGCCCGGAAGAACACAAGUGGUUGACUUGUCGGACGAAGACUGCUGUGUGCUGGACUGA